AUGUGGAAACGAAAUUCCAGGGCAGAUUUGACGAAGAACUGCAGGUUUUUCGAGUUGGAGAAUUCGAAGCUGUACAAAGAGAGGACCAAGGUGUAUCACGAUUCGAAAAUCCUCUCCAGGCAAUUCGAACCUAAUGAUCAUGUACUUCUGUAUAACUCUCGUUUGCAAUUGUUUCCUGGUAAACUUCGUUCUCGAUGGUCAGGUCCUUUCAUAGUCAAAAAGGUUCGCCCCUAUGGUGCCAUCGUCCUCCUCACACCAGAUGGUAGCAGAGAGUUCACAGUGAAUGGACAAAGGGUGAAGCACUACUGGGCCAAAGCUGAGAUUCCGGAUGGACAUAUCGUGCCUCUGGAUGGUGCACCUCCUGCCUGA